AUGUGCAUCGCGUCCUCGGGUGCCCCUACGCCCCCUGAGCCCACACCCCCUGCUGGCUCUUCCCUGCCCGCCCUUUUUGCGGCCCCUUGCGCUCCAUAUGCCGUCUCUCUCCGCCCUGCUGUGGCCUCUGUCGCGCCUACAGCAGCCUCCACCGCCCCCACUGGCUGUGCCAUGGCCCCCUCUCUUACUUCGGCUGCAGCCAUACCUUUUGUCCGUGUGGCCCUUGCUGUCCCUUCUCCUGCUGCAGUCACUCUCUCGCCUCCCCCUGCUACAACCGGGGCCGCGCUCUCCAUUGCCGCUGCCUUCGUUACACUCUUCCCCCUUGCAGCCGCUAUAGCCCUCUCCCUUGUCCCUGCCCCAACCGUGGCCCCGGCCGCCCCUGUGUGUGAGUUAGCAGACCUCUCCCCUGGGCGUGCACAGGCGCCCCCGCUAUCAUCUGGAUGGAGGGUGGGCGAGGAUGGGGCAGUGGGGUUGGGGCGGGGUUUUGAGCGUGCUGGCUCCUCGUCGUGUGUUUCUUCCAGUGGGGCUUGGCGUUCCUGCACUCCAUCUUCUUCAAGGUGGGAGGAGUGGGUGCGUAGGGGGUGGCUCUGCUGCGGGCCCUCCCAGAUCGCCGAGGGGCUCCCGGGUCUGCCUUCCCCCCACUCGCGGGGUGCUGGGGCAUGGUUACAGGAGCGGCAUGCCUGGUGGUGGCGGUGUGGGUGGCUGGGAUUGGCUGGAAGGGGCGUCAGAGGGAGUAGAUACUUCCUGGCAGAGGCCGGGGUGAGGGGGGGUAGCUUGGGAACAGGGGAAGGGGGUAGGGAAAGGGGUGCGUGGUGGGCUGGAGAGGGGGUAAGAGGGGGCAGACCAGUGGAAGGGGUGGGGGACUGCAGAGGGAGUGGCUGGGGGACAGAAAGGGAGAGGAAGUGGUGGCGGGUUGCAGGGGAGGUGGGGAGCGGGGGUGAUGGAGCGGGAGGUGGGCAGGGUGGUGGAACCGAAGGUGGGGGGCUGGAACAGAAUUCAAAGGGAGGGGACGGAGGGGACGGGGGACACGGCGAUAGGUGA